UCUCUGCAUUUUCUUUUUCUAUCUAUCUGUCUAUCUACACUCUAUCCAAGUGUCUCUCUAACCUUCCAUAAAGACAUCUCACAACUUUGCUCCAAACGCCAAAAAAAAAAAAAAGAAAAGAAAAGAAAUAAGUUUUUUCACUUCUGCUUGUCUUCACUGGACACAUUUUGCUCCUCAUUUUGACUGACAAGGAUAACACUUUCUGGAGUGCAAUUGAUUUAUUUUUCAUAUUUAUUGAUUUUGCCUGCUGAUUGGGGUUUCCGUUGUGUUGGAUUCCAACCAAUAUGAAAUUGCUGCUGGACUCCUCCUCGUCUCUGCUCUUGUCGCUGCUGUUGGCCCAGCUGCCUGUCUUCAUGUCUGCCUCCCCGGUGCCUCAGCGGCGGCCCAGCGACAUGGACAAGCUGUCCAAUCAGACCAAAAAUCUCAUGAAGCUCACCCAGGAACUGCUGAGGGCGCAUGCUUUCGACUCCGACGUUGAGCCCCACAGGUUCAGGUCUCUGCCAGAAAUGAGCAACAGAUCGGCCCAUGAUCUCCACAACCUUCAGCUCAAGCCCACGCUCUCGCAGCUCCACGCCGACCUGAAGCUGUACGAGCACCACUUUGAGUGGCUGAACAAGGUCUCCAAGAAGCACCACCACCCCGCACUGCCCAAGCUGGUGGAGGUGAUCAAGGAGAUGAAGUCGCUCAUCAACCUGCUGCACCAUCAGAUGCUGAGGGUUCAAGCACCGAAGCUGACCCCCGCCACCCCAUCCCUGCCCCCGGAGCUCUCCUACCAGUUCGACGUGCUGCAGUCAAGCCAGGAGCUGCUCCAGCACUUCAAACUCUUCUGCGAUUGGGCAUACAGGGCGUUCAUCAGCCUCAAGACCAAAACCUCCGCAGUUCAAUGAUCACUUGCUCAACGUGAGCGGCGGCAGAGCAAGAGGAUGCACAGAGAGGGUCCCGCCUCGGGCAGCAAAGUGAACUUAGGGACCGUGUCGCUCCCAAGAGGCCUAAACAUCAUCAGCGAGCCAAAGAGGAUACGCUGUAGUGCGACAACAAUAAUCAUCUGCCCGUUCAACCUUAUUUCCUGAACCGUGACCAUGUUAUUUAUCUAUUUAUUUAUUUAUUGACUGUCAGUAAUUUAUUUAAUGUUAUUUAUUUGAAGUUGUAAUGUGUCACUCUCAUUUUGUUUCUUUAUUGACGUGAAUUUCUUUGACCACAUACUUUUUUUUCUUGUGCCUCACUGAUCUCUAAGGUAGCACUUCCUUUCUUUUUCUUCUUUCGUGGACUUGUGCAUUUAUUUUAUCCGUCGGAUGAUUUCUUCCAGUAGAUCUGAGACAGUCACGUUUUUUUGUUUUGUUUUGGGUUUUUUUGCAAUUUGUCACAUAGUAAAUGUAAGUCAGUAAAUGCAGCCUUCAUCUAAGUCAGUGAUUCUCAACUGGUGGGUCGGGGAGCCAUUUUCAGUGGGUCGCUGCUAAAAAUAACGUGAUGACCCAGUGCAAAUAUAAAAUAUUUGAGAAAGUUCUGCAAUUUGGGUCGCCGCUUGUCAUUGACGAGUGAUGCUGGGGCCCCCGCGGCCAAACCAGUUGAGAAGCACUUGUCUAAGUACUCUGCAAAAGUCAACAUGGAGGCAUGAUGAAGACAAGUGCAGGCUUUUUUAGUAGCAGAGGCAGAGUUUCAAUGUUUUAAUGGCUGUUUCGUUGCAUGAGGAGUGUCUCUAAUGUGGUAAAGUCGGUUGUAUGGGCGCUGUUGCUGAGCACUGAUGGUCCUGAUUAGAUUCUUUGCACAAACUUGUAGGAUUAGCCUCUUAGAUGGGUGAGAUGGCUGAUUUUUAAACCAUGUUUUGGGAGUUUAAAAAAAUGAUUUUUUUUUUAAAAAGUUGAACACUAAAAGUUAGGGGUGCACGAUAAUUAUUGACCGAUAUGAGGGAAUGAUGAUGUCAUACCGAUAAAUCUGAAAACAUGAAAAAUAACUCCAAUAACCAAUCAUUGAAAAAACGCUCCCGUGAGCAAAUCAAGCGCUCCUUGAUUUCUCCUGCCCGCGACAUUAACAGGACGUCGCAACUUUCCCUGAGUUCACUUGUAAAUAAACAUUCACUUUCAGAGAACUUUUGCGCGCUAUUUGCAGCAAAUGCUCCACGAUGAGGAAAAAAAAAAAACAUGGAGCACACAACAAACUUGUCAGCCACCUGAAAUGCCAGCACCGCGGCGUUUAAAAAGUGCAAAAGCUUUGCCAGAGACCUCCGUGGUGUUACACCGGCUGCUCGGAGCAUGUGUCCGAAUACAGUGCACCUUGCUGGGCCACGCCAGGUGGCUCCUCUUGCUCUAUACUCCGCUUCUCCUGACCGCCAUAGCAGCACACCAGCUGCUCUGAGCAUGUGUCCGAAUACAGUGCACCUUGCUGGGCCACAGCAGGUAGGCAACCUCCGCUCUAUACUCUGGU